AUGUCCUCAGCUAACGGGUGGCGGAUAAUUCCUCCCGACUCUAUGCCCCGCCUGGUCGCGCCGGAUAAUAUGGACCACUCCGCCGCGCAUCUGGAGGCACUCGAUACCAUUGAAGACCAGCUAUUUCUGGCUAUGGCCCCCUUUCUCACUCGCAUCCAGCGCGCCCGAAACAACUCUACGUUCCUGUGCCGCAUCCCUCCAGAGAUAAUCUGUCGUAUCAUCUCCUUUGCAAAGGUCGACUACGGGUGGCCAAAGCUUGACGUGGCUCGACUCGGCACCCUUGGCAACGGAGAUGAGGCGAUGGAGGCGUCGGGCGCAGAACACACCCCGAGACUGGGUUGGCUCGUGCUUACGCACAUAUGUUCCCGUUGGAGAGAGGUCGCACUAGGCACACCCCUCCUUUGGACGGACCCGAGCGAUUACUUCGCGAUCCCGCCUGCUCUGUGCCGCCUGAUCCUCGCGAGAGCGCAAGAGGUCCCUUGUCAUCUGGAGCUUUCGGCGUCCAGCCUCCGGCUCCUCACCAUCUCUGGCAGGAAAAUCUUCCCUCCAGGGCGGGGCAUCCCUAUUGCGGUACUACGGCUUUUGGGCUUCUCCGUCGGCGUCUUCAAUUAUCUGGCGCACGACUACUUUCUCCCCGGCUCAUUUCAGCAUCUUCAUCAUCUAACGGUCGGCAUAUCCCUCAAAGGAGACGAACUCCCCGUACUACUCCCCGCCGCACUCUCUUCGUGCACAUCCAUAACACAACUGCGCCUUAGCAAUUGCUUUCCUCCGCGCUGGGACGCUCCUAUGUUUGGACCCCGUCUCACCCAUCUCACGCUUACGUACGGUGGGGUGCCGGAGGUUCCCCACCUUAUGCCCUCAACACUGGAGUUCUCCCGCAUCUUGACCUCCGCCACUGCGCUCCAGGUCCUCGCGAUCGAUGGCAUUCACCUCCAAGGCUCCCCUAUACAGUAUCCGGCAAUGAUACUACCGUCCGACUUGGGUUCAAUAGAUGUGUACAGUUGGCGCGAUUCUGUGCAGCAUCGCGAUUUCCUGAUCUUCUUGGCGAACAUCGUCUUGAAGCGUCAAGACAUACGCAUGAACUUUUCCCUCGGACCGCCAGACGGCGAUAUUGCUGGCAGCAACACAGCACUUGACCCGCGCGCAGCGAAGGAGACGCUAUCUCUCAUCCGCGUGGCACUUGAUAACCUCUACCGGCAGCAGCAGAGCCCGCCCAAACACCUCGUCCUCUGCCGCAAGGCCCUCCUCACACAUGACUCCGAAACUGAACGUUCGGCGAAGCGCGCUUGGCCCACCAGAGUAAUGCAGUACCUGUACACGGAUAUCCCUGGCGUCACCUCCCUUCUGAACUUCAACUUUGGCCUCGAAUCUAUCGACGACGCAUCGUUCGUGGACAGUGGCCUUGAUCCCGUCCCGCUCCGCGAUCUCCGUUCCGUGUCUCUCAAUUCAUCGGGAGCCGACAGUUAUCUCAGCAGCGGAAGUUGGUGGCGUGCGAUGAGGAAGGCUACAUAUGUCCAUCGCCUUGGCAUCUACUUCCGUAAUUGCCAGAUGUUGCUGCCUCUCACCGAAACCGUAGUGGUGAACGAAGCUACCGUUUUCACGACGUUCCCCCGCCUCAAGGUCUUACACAUUCACCUCGAAGGGCUCUCCAUCGCUAAGGGCGGCGCGGACUUAGACGAAGGGGAUACAGAGUGCGCGCAAAAUCUUGCGGUAAUUCACACUCUAGUUCACGCCAGGAGGAAGCACAGCGCCCAGUCGCAAUUGGAAUCGCUGGUCGUUGACAGCGUGUUGAGUAGGUGGAAGAUAUGGGAGACUAUUGCCGUCGAUGUUCCGAUACGCUUCUGCGAUUUUCAUGCUCUUCCUCGAAGCCCUUCGGAUAUGCCCCCUUCGUAA